AUGGCAGAUAUCCCACCCUACCCGCUCUACAACAGGACCUACAACCUGUACCGCCUGUCCCCACUGCACCACGGCGACACCCCGCUCCUGACUGAUGGCAGUCUGCACGUGCACGCGAAAAGGCUCAAAGAGCAGUUGAAAGGCGACAAUGUGCGCGGGGUGCAGGUCGACUUCGCGGCCGCUGAAGACACUGCCAAGCUCGGCCCGCUCGAGGAGUGCAGCUGGGAGACGAUAGGAGACGAGGACGCCUGGAUCGACCGACAUCGCCAGUCAAUCGAGCCCGACGCGUCGCAGCUAUCGCCCGCCCCCAGUCCCGGCCGGGCACGUGGUAUCGACGUGAGCCUCGAGUACGAGAAGCAGUCGUACAAUGCGCUCCUGCUGCGCGACCCGGGCGCGACUUCCUCGCCGGAUGGCUUUACUUCGCUGCCCCUGCUACUGGUCAAGAUGCCCGGACCGGUGCGCGAGAUAUUCCUCAACUACCUGCGCACCGCCUUCGACGCCCAUGUCGCGCCCUUGAGACUGCCGUCGUCCUUCAUCACCUCCAGUCUCGAGACCUACUUCAAGCACCUAUCAGCGAGUACCUCCACACAGUCCAUCCAGGACGUCGUACGCCAGCUGCACAUUCAGCUGGCCUUCCCCACAACGACAACUCUGCUCAAGCACAUAGACAUGACGAUUGCAGGGACAGAUGUGCCGGGCUUUGUCGCUCGGGGCAAGGCCCUCAAGGGCGGCGCAGACAAACCCUUCACGACCGCCCUAUCGCACUAUCUGAAAGCUCACCUUGCGCUGGACAUGUCGCAUGCCAAAGCCCACAUCUCACGCAUAACGUGCAAUAGCUUUCACCUCGGGACGGAACGGCUCAAGCUCACCGCACCCGACCCGUUAGCGGACAAUUCUAUCUCGGAGGAUGUCGGACCAUCGCAGGAUAUCAGCCCAGGCCAACGCGCGGUAGAGGAAUUCUACGCCUCGUUGGUCCGAGAAGCUGCCGGCAGCGGACAGUUUCUUCCAGAGGAUUCGAUACAAGACCAAAGAGAUGACACGCCCUCGUCAACCACGAGCGCUAGAGUCGGCAGGAAGAAGAGAGCUAUCAGCAAUGCGGCAGCCAUUGACUCAUAUCGGAAGAAGGCAAAGGGCAAAGGAAAGGAAAAUGGCAGAGCAGUCAACGGCAGCGACAGCAUGGUGGACAUUUAG